AGAGGAUGGUGUAAUUAAUAUACAUUAUCUUGGAAGAAUUUAGUGGAAAAUAAAUAAAAGGAAAGGCGUGGCGUGGGAACUACGGCAUGUUCUUGAUCAGCAGCAUCUCAUGCGUUUUCUCUAGUUCUUGUGUUUUGAUUACUCUGAGAUAGAAGUUUGAAAAAAAAUGGGGGAGGAUAAACGUAAUCACAGUGACAAAGGAUUAUUCCACCACUUAGCAGGAUAUGGACACUACCGACCUCACGGUCAUCAUGGCUAUAGUAAUCAUGGUCAUCAUGGUUAUGGAGUUCCUUAUGCAUACCCUCCUCCUCCUCCUCCGUAUGGAUAUCCACCACCACCACCAGUUGCUUAUCCUCCACACGGUGGUUACCAUACAACCGGUUAUCCUCCACCCGGUUAUCCAUCUCACGGUUAUCCCGGUCCAUCUCAUCACUAUGGACACCACCAUGGAGGUAUAGGAGCGAUGAUAGCGGGUGGAGCAGCUAUGGCAGCUGCAGCAGUUGGUUCUCACCACCACGGACACUAUGGUCACCACCAUCACGGUCACGGCUAUGGGUACGGGUAUUACAAACAUGGUAAGUUCAAGCACGGAAAAUUCGGGAAACGCUGGAAGCAUGGCAUAUUUGGGAAGCACAAGGGAAAAUUCUUCAAGAAAUGGAAGUGA